UAGUCGAUUUAGAAAGGGAGAAGUAUGAGUUUGGUAACAACAAAACUAGUGCUAGUAUUGAAUGGUAGGAGCAGGAGUGGCAACCAACUAAAACCCUGUUUUAAUUCACUUUUCAACCCUAAACCCUCCUUUUCAUCCUCUUCCUGUUUCUAUCGUUUCCCCUCCAGUCAGAUUAAAAACAACAACAAUAAUUAUCAAUAUACAGAAUCAGUCACCGCCAUGGAAGAAUCAGACGUAGGCAUUUGUUGCUACAUCUCCCCAUCUCUCCCUGGUUUCCGAGCCAUUCUCAAACAAAGGUAUUCUGAUUUUGUAGUGAAUGAAGUAGAUUUGGAUGGAAAUAUUGUUCAUUUGACUGACUUACAUCCAUCCACUCAGAUAGCAGAAGAAGAACUCGAAAAAAAGCCUCCUGUGGAUCAAUUGAAUGCUAAUCAUGAUUCUGAUAUCGAUUCCUUUAGAGCUCUUGCUGGUGACUCUGAUGCCGAUUCUCUCUCCGACUUUAUAAAUCAACUUAUUAUUAAUAAUAAUAAUAGUAAUAAUAAUUCCGACAUCCAAGACGGAGCCACCUCUAUCGUUUUAUCUCCAAGUUCAGAUAAACUCCACCGCACGGCUGUGCAUAAUUUCUUUAAACAAAGACUCAACUUCUUGGUUACUGACACAGUAGACGGACCAGACCCUUACUCAAAAUGCAUCCGUGUGAGGUUCAAUUCACGGGGUAAAAACGACACAACCCGGGGUUCUAAAAAGCGGAAAGGCAGAGGUGACACCCCUUAUGAUAGUCGGGGUUCAGAUCAUUGGCCAGAACAUCUUGGAAAGUUUCUCAGGUUUCAUCUUUGCAAGGAAAACAAGGAUACACAGGAGGCGUUAGGAUUAAUCGGAAAGAUGCUUGGCAUUCAGCCAAGGUCAUUUGGAUUUUCUGGUACUAAAGAUAAGCGUGCUGUAACAACACAAAGGGUGACUGUAUUCAAGCAGCAUGCACAUAAAGUGGCUGCUCUAAAUAAAAGAUUGAUAGGACUGAAAGUUGGUGACUUUUGCUAUGUCAAUGAAGGGCUUCUUCUUGGUCAGCUCUGUGGAAAUCGAUUCACAAUCACACUAAGGGGCGUGGUUGCAGAUUCUGAGGAUACUGUAAAAACAGCAGCAGAUGCCUUAGGAAAGCAUGGAUUCAUAAACUAUUUUGGUAUGCAGAGAUUUGGCAGUGGUUCUAUACCUACUCACCUUAUUGGUGCUAAACUACUUAAAGGAGAAUGGGAAGAAGCAGUGAGAAUGAUUCUUGAUCCGAGGGAUGGUGAAAGGGAUGACAUAAGGAGUAUAAGGGAAUAUUACAAAGAAAGUGAAGACAUUGACGGGACCUUGAGACAAUUACCCCGCUUUCUGGUAGCUGAAAAGGCCAUACUGCAGUGUUUAAAAAAGUGUCCAGGUAACUACUUGCAAGCUCUGAAGGCUGUACCUAGGACCCUUCGAAUGAUGUACGUGCACAGUUACCAAAGCUACCUGUGGAACCAUGCUGCGAGCAUGAGAGUACAGAAAUAUGGGACCGACCAUGUAGUGCUUGGGGAUUUGGUCUAUUGCAAUGAAGAAAAUUCAAAUGAAAUUAAGCAAAUCGAUGAUUCUGUAUAUGAAGAAAUUGGGCCCAAUGAGUCAUCUGAGAAUGAUCAUUUAGAUGAGUCUGAGACACAUGUAUCUGAAGGAAACUGUACCUCGGUAAAGGUUGUCAAUAAUGAAGACAUUGCUUCUGGGCAUUACACUGUUACUGAUGUUGUACUUCCUUUACCUGGUUCAAGGGUAAAUUAUCCACAGAAUGACAUUGAACAAUAUUAUAAAGAUCUUGCAGAUAAGGAUGGUGUUAGCUUGACAGAGAGUGUGCAUAACGUCAAGGAGUUCUCACUAGCCAGCAUGACUGGAGCUUAUAGGCGAGUAUUUGGAAAUCCAAAGGAUUAUGAAUGGGAGUUGCUGAGAUAUACAGAUGUAAGUAUCCCAUUGGUAAAGACGGAUUUAGACUGUGUUACCAAGUCCAAUGAAGUUAAUGGGAACAGUCCAUUAAUUAGCAAGCCACUGAUAGAUGUGUUGACACCCAAUGGAGAAACAAUGUUGCAAGAAAAGAAGUCGUCAAGUGUGUGCACUGCUACAGGAGACCAGCUAGCCCUCAAAAUGAGCUUUACGCUUCCAGCUUCAUGUUAUGCAACAAUGGCGAUUAGGGAGCUGCUGAAAACAUCAACUUCUGUUGCUUUUCACAAGGCAUUGAAUUAGUAGACUUCUCAUGUAGGAGAUUGAAAUUGAGGAAGUCAAAUGCCAGUGUAUUGUGCGGAAACAUCAGGAUAGUCUUUUUUUUUGAUAAAUUUUGCAUUUUUGUAUAACUUACCCUAUUUGCGAUGUAAAAUUUUGAUUAUUCUUGUACGCAUAUUUACAAUAUCCCACGGCAAGAUCAUUCUGACCAUGGAUGCAUGCUAACCAGGGUUUGUGGCUUUGUAGAACCCGACAUGUUUGAGUGCUCAUGAAUCACUCCUUUAAUAUAACAGACAUGUACAUGUUGUUGACA